AUCUCGCGAGAAGCAGUCUUUCCCAGUGCGUCCUUACCGCCGGUUUGUUCAAACUUCCACGUUAUUUCUCACCCGUUAUAAUUACACUCGCUGCAUGUACAAAUUCUAGUUCGUAAAUCGUCUCACUGUUCAUUCGGUGCUGCGGUUCCCGUACGAGUCACGUUUAAGGAAUCCAUUUUGAUUGACCGAGUAACGGUUGCAAGAAAAUCACAAGGGGCCCUAAACCCGAGGAACAUGGCCAGCGGAAAGAAGCUGUUCACGCGAAAGCAAGUCGAGGAGUCGAAAGAACAGGGUACGAACCUGUUCAUCCUUCACGACAAGGUUUACGACGUAGGACCAUUCCUUAACGAACAUCCUGGCGGUGAGGAAGUUCUGUCGGAACAACGAAACAAGGACGGAAGCGAGGCCUUCGACGACGUCGGUCACUCCGAGGACGCCAAGGAAUUGAUGCAGAAAUACGAAAUCGGGGAAAUCGUCGAGGCCGAAAGGUUGAAUAUCAAACCGAAGAAAGUCGAGUGGAUUGCAUCGAAGUCGGGACAGUCCCAAAAACCGGCAGAAGAAGGCUCCGGUUUACCCUACGGAUUGAUCGCAGUGGCCGUCGUUGUUCUCUUAAUCGCGUAUAACUUAGGAUUGUUCUCAAGUUCUGCUCAAUGAUUCCUUUCGAUUUAUUAAAACCGUCGAACGUAUCCAGUGAAACGUUUCAAAAAGCUGUCAAAGCCAAGCGGACAAAGUGGAACGCGUGUUCUGACAGUGGGUGAAAUUUGAAUUCGUCAAUCAUCGAUUAUAAUUACAUUGACACACCCACCCUUCGAGAUUAUUUUUAUACAAUUAUUAUCGUACACUUUAUGAAACGUUUCGAUUUUAUUUUUAAUCAUUCCUAUUCUUUGUUAUCUCGUUCGCACCGCGUAGCUUAUCCAACAUCAGAGUUAAGCAAUUACUGUUAAAAACAAGAUUUCACAUAUCAUGGCUUACAAAUAAAUAUAACGUGUACUAUUGUUGAUACAAAGGACGUAUGAGAAAAUA